AUGCCCUCCAAGACCCGAAAGUCACUUGAGGCUCUCGUGGCCUACCUCAAGCAGUCGAAGAGCCGCCGCAGUACGAUAUUGAAUGGACAAGGUGAGCCUGGUCACCGGGCUGCCCCGGCUCGCGGGGGAAACCACGACACAAGAAUCGGAAGCCGAAUUGAUGUUGGAGAAGUCAUCAAGAAAGCUGGCAAGGAAUAUCGACGUUACAAAUUUCAGCUCAAUCUGAACGCUCAAGAUUCCACUCUGAAGAAAAAGGCUGCUCAAGAUUCUCACAAGGUUUAUUCGACUGCAGAUGUAGAGAUUAAAGGGGACAGGACUGAGGAGGAAGAAGAGCAGGCGAUGCGGGACUUCGAGGACCAACUGUCAAAGAACUUGGAAGAGUAG